AUGGGGGGGGGGAAAGGGAGUGUUGAUUUGGGGUUAGUUGGACGAGGAGAGCGUAAAGUAGACGACAGCAGGACCGCCUUGCAAACAACUCUUCCAAUAAUUUUGUUCAUUCGUACUUCUUUCCGUCCUCGUCUUCCUCCAUCAACCGUUGUUUGGUAUAUGUUAUUGCUGAUGGCAAGUGAUCAGGCAGUAACAGCAAACGGCAACAGCAGCAGCCGGAGCAGCACGGCACACAGUAAUGCAUUUUGCAUGUUGUGUGUGUGGUUGUCCGAUGAGAUGAUAGCCCAGUGUGUCGAAUUUUUCGUGCAAACGACUAAAUACCGUCAUCAUUUCCCGAACUUUAUUCCCCAGCAAGAGCAAUAA